GCUGGCCAGUCAGUUUCAUUUCCUGCCACUGCUGUCAGUAGAGGGACGACGCCGGAGUGGAUCCAGUCAUUGCUAUCUGGCCUGCUUGGGUUCAUCAUGGACAGGCAGGCUUCCCGCCCUGGCCCCAUGCAGACCCUCAUCUUCUUAGACCUGGAAGCUACUGGCCUGCCUUUCUCCCAGCCCAAGAUCACAGAGCUGUGCAUGCUGGCUGUCCACAGAAGGGCCCUGGAGAGCACCCCUACUUCCAGGGGACAGCCACCCCCGUUCCCCCGCGUGGUGGACAAACUCUCCCUGUGUGUGGCUCCAGGAAAGGCCUGUAGCCCAGGUGCCAGUGAGAUCACCGGCCUGACCACCGCUGAUCUGGCAGCACACGGACGACAGCGCUUCGAUGACAACCUGGCCACCUUGCUGCUAGCUUUCCUGCGGCGCCAGCCACAGCCCUGGUGCUUUGUGGCGCACAAUGGUGAUCGCUACGACUUUCCUCUACUCCAAGCAGAGCUGGCUAUGCUGGGCGUGGCUGAUGCUCUAGACGGCGCUUUCUGUGUGGACAGUAUGGCUGCCAUGAAGGCCUUGGAACAAGCUAGCAGCCCCGCAGAGCGUGGCCCGAGGAAGAGUUACAGCCUGGGCAGCAUCUACACCCGCCUGUAUGGACAGGCCCCGACAGACUCCCACAUGGCCGAGGGCGAUGUGCUAACCCUGCUUAGUAUCUGCCAGUGGAAGCCACAGGCCCUGCUGCAAUGGGUGGAUACUCACUCGAGACCCUUUGGCACCAUCAAGCCCAUGUAUGAGAUUCAGCUAAGUCAAUCUGCUAGAUCAGCCACUGAGCCACUGGCCAAAACCGGAAACAGCAGUCCUAGCAGGAAUAAGAGACCCAAAGUUCUUCCUCCAAUCAAGGUCUCUGGAGACACAUUGGAAGAGGGACUGUUGGUUCCCUUGGGCCUGUUAGCCUUCUUGACCUUGGCAGUGGCCACACUGUAUGGGCUUACCCGAGCCACUCCAGAGCAAUAGGCCAAGAAGAAAAAGCUGAUGAAUAAAAAGAGACUCUC